AUGGUCCAAUCAUCCACGAUAGUGACGGCAUCCGUCGCCGCUGCCGCGACCGGCGUUGUUGCCUACCUCUUCUACUUCGACUACCAGCGCCGCGUCAACGCCAACUUCCGUCGUGACCUUCGCCGCAACGAGCGCAAGCAGCACCGCGCCGAGAAGGAGGAGGCCCAGCUCGAGACCGUCCGCCAGCGUCAGGCUAUCGCUCAGGCCGUUGUCCAGGCGAAGGAAGAGGGCUUCCCUGAGGAUGUCGAGGGCCGCGAGGCCUACUUCCUGCAACAGGUCUCCGAGGGCGAGACGCUGGCCGCCGAUCCCAACCACGUCGUCGAGGCCGCUCUUGCUUUCUACAAGGGCCUCAAAGUCUACCCUACCCCCAACGACCUGAUCAGCAUCUACGACAAGACCGUCCCCAAGCCCGUUCUCGACAUCCUCGCUGAGAUGAUCGCCUCCGACUCUGAUCUGAAGAUCAGCUCCGGUGGCCAGGGCUCCUACACCGGCAGCGGCCCUAACCUGUCCGACAUGCCCACCGUCGGACUCGACUAA